AUGGGCUUCCUCACCAUCGUGCGCAAGCUGCGGCAGAAGGAGAAGGAGAUGAAGAUCUUGAUCAUCGGGCUCGACAACGCGGGCAAGACGACGAUCGUGAAGAAGUUCAACAACGAGCCCACGGACACCGUCGAGCCGACGCUCGGCUUCGACAUCAAGACGCUCGAGCACCGCGGCUUCAACCUCAACUUCUGGGACGUCGGCGGCCAGCAGACGAUCCGCGCGUACUGGCGCAACUACUUCGAGGUCACCGACGGGCUGAUCUGGGUCGUCGACAGCGCGGACAAGUGGCGCCUCGACACGUGCCGCGACGAGCUCGCGGCGCUCCUCGACCUGCCCAACGCGCUCUCGCCGGAGGAGAUCUCCGAGCACCUCAACCUCGGCUCCGCGCAGUACGCCAACCGCCACUGGGAGAUCCAGUCCUGCUCCGCGCGGACCGGCGACGGCCUCGUCAAGGGCAUCGAUUGGAUGGUCGACGACGUCGCGUCGAGGAUCAUGCUACGGUAG